CCGCUUUUGCAAAUGAUACCCAAACACUUUAUGACUUCUGCCAUUUGUUAGUGACGUGAAGAGUGGUUAAUAUUGUCGGGGACUUUUAUGUCCACACAAGCCUGAAAUGACAGUUUUCCGAUGUGUAUCUUCAUGCUUCACCAAGCAAUGGUGAUUUUACAUUUAAAUACAUCCAGGCACUCAAGCUUACUGAGUGCUAUCCUGAUGGUGUUGAUUUCAUGUUGUACACAGAGAGCCACUGGAACUUGGUGGUUGCUAAGCCGCUUACCAAUUUCUUCAGUUCACACCAGCACACAUAUGUUGUGCAGUUCUUUCACAGGCCUAGUCAAGCAGCAGAGACAGUUUUGUAUGAAAUAUCCUGAGAUAAUUCUAAUCAUCAGCCAAGGAGCUCAAACCGGAGUACGUGAGUGUCAAUCUCAGUUCGAAUAUCACAGAUGGAAUUGUUCUACCAUUACCACAGGAGCCACUGCGUUUCGAAAAAAUAUGCUCAAAGUAGAAAGCAGGGAGACGGCCUUUUUAUAUUCCAUCAUCUCGGCUGGAGUGACUGACGCUCUUAUACGAGCUUGCAGCAAGUCAGAGAAGUCCAGUUUCUGCGUCUGUGAUGAAUUCAAGCGACAGCGAGGAUUCGAUUCACUGGGAGAAUUUAAAUGGUCAGGAUGUUCUAAUAUGCAGUCAGGAAUGAGAUUCUCCAAACAAUUCAUUGAUGCUGAGGAAAGGAGAAUAAAAGAUGCUAGAGCCCUUUUUAAUAUCCACAAUAAUAGGGUGGGAAGAAAGGCAGUGAUGAUAAAUUCUGAUCUGAAGUGUAAAUGUCACGGUAUAAGCGGAUCCUGUGGUAUCAGAACAUGUUUUAGUUUCCCCCGUAAUUUCAAGGAAAUUGGUCAGUAUCUAAAGCAGAAGUACGAAGGGGCAGUACAGGUUACGAUAAAUAAUCAACGUAAACUGGCAGCAGUGGAAGGGCUCAAACGCUUCACAAAGAAUGACCUCGUUUAUUUGGAUCCAUCGCCUGACUACUGUGUCGUCAAUAAGAAAUUAGGCACAAUGGGUAUAAACGGAAGAAGAUGCAUUAAGGAUUCAUUGGGCCCCGAAGGUUGUGAUAUUCUUUGCUGUGGUAGAGGAUACGACACUUGGCAGGAAUUGUAUGUUUAUCAGUGUAACUGCAUGGUAACUAAAGACUGGUGCUGUGCAGUCCAGUGCGAUGAGUGCAAGAAAUGGAGAGAUGUGUACACGUGCAAGAUGCGCUGAUACGCAGUGCUUAGUUACAUUGUCAGUUCAAAAUCAAAGUAAGACGUGCAAUAAGAAUGUCUUAAAGAGAUAAUGAAGUCAGAAGUCUUUGGACCGAAAGACGCAAUUUCAACAACUAACUUAUUUUUAUAUCGUAUUACGAGUACAACAUUCUUAGAUUUUCUUAAGACUUACUGUGUUACAAAGUAAUGAAUCGAAAGCGCUGAAAAGUGAUUUAGUUUUUUUCUUAAGGAACAACAAAUUCAGUGAAUUACGUUUUGAAAAAAGCUUUAUAUUGAUUUGUUUCAGAUGGAGAAUUCCCUUUCGUUUCCAUGUAGAAAACUGACAAAACAUCUUUGGCCUGAAGAAAAGUUAUUUUUCUGCCUUCAUAUUUUUGGUUGAGAUUCAUAAUCGUCUCGAAGUUGAAAGACAGAAGCAAAAGCAUUGCACGUGCAAGCUCUUAGCGCGAUGGACGUCCAUAAAAUUUACAAAGAAAUCAAAGUCGAAAUGAAAUAUGAUUCCAUUUCAAAUAAAUACGUAUUUUUAGCUCUGGAAGUUGUCAGUGAAAGUGUAUUAUGAUUGUGCAAAAAUAUUAAACAUAUUAACAUGAGGCUUUAGAAGGAACUAGUAAGGAUAUUAAAUGCAGCUUGAAAAUGCGAAAUGCGCAAACAAGAAUAGCAGAACAAAAUCAUCCUUUUUGAAGUGUUGUCGAAGUAAAUAUUCUGUUUUUAUUAUUUCAAGCCAUCUUGAGAUGAACUAGGCGUUGAAAGCCAUCUUAUUUGCAAAUUUUUGAUUCCAUCAAACCAAAGUGUGCUGAAUCAAACUGUGUUACCUUAAAAUCCAAUCUUCCAUUUGCAGAUAUAAUUUUUAUAACAUUUUCCAUAUCUUUAAUCAAGAGGCAGAAUGCAAUUGUUAUGCUUUCUGUACAGACUUGAUGUGAUAUGUCAUCCAGUUCCUGUAGCAUAAUUCUGUGCAAUCAUUUACAUUAUUUAUUUUAGUACAUAAAAUUUAAGA